GGACUAGCGGGGUUUGGUAAUCGCUUCAGAGAGAGCGGGAGGGCGUUGAACAUUGACGGUGCCAUGCGACACAGUAGGACAGACGGCUAGCUCGCUACAAAGCGUUCCGAAGACUGGACCUUCCGAAAUGGUUGACUUACACGGACCAGGUCAUCUUCUGUUACACCUUAAUAUGAAGUAACUGCGACUGAAGACGAGUGAUGAAAUGCUCGUUUGCCAAAUCGUGGGGUGCUGGCUUUCAGUUGUACUCAGGAGUGGCGUUACAGGCUGUGUUGGAGCUUUAGAUAAUUUCCAAACUUGUCGAUAGCAGUGUGCAGUGCGCGUGUAAAGGAUUAGAUUUAAAGAGACCGCCACAUACUACUUCCAACUACAAACAUGGAGAAUAAGACCACAUCACAGGCAGAUCUGGAUUUGCAGCGUGAAAGCGACCGGCAAUAUUGUGAACUUUGUGGGAAAAUGGAGAAUCUCCUCAAAUGCGGUCGGUGCCGAAAUUCCUUCUACUGCAGCAAGGAGCAUCAAAAGCAGCACUGGAAAAUGCACAAACUCAUAUGCAAAGAAUCGGAGACAAAUGCGCAGGUUUCAAAACUGAAGCCGGUGGAAUCCCAGUCUGAGGACCGGGGAAAAGAGGGACAGACACAACCGUCACAAAAAGGGCAGCCACUACAACAAAAUCGCGCUGAACCCGACAAUAAUACACCAUUCCCCAGCGACGAGACCAGAAUGAAAGAGUUUAUAACGAAUGCGGAGUGUGCGGGGUCCUUGGAUGAUAAACCAGGCGGCGACACCAGGUCAAAUAACAAUACCAAACCCAACGGUCAAAACACAAAGCGAUCGACGCCUCAGAAACUUGCUAUGGAGUACAUAGUUCCGUGUAUGACAAAGCAUGGUAUUUGCGUGGUUGACAACUUUCUCGGAUUGGAAACGGGGUUGGAAAUCCUGGAGGACGUCCAAACGUUGCAUAAAACCGGGAAGUUUACGGACGGUCAAUUGGUCAAUCAGAAAAGUGACUCUACUAAAGAUAUUAGGGGGGAUAAGAUCACCUGGAUCGAGGGCCGGGAACCAGGGUGUGAGAAGAUCCGGUUUCUGAUGAGCCGUAUGGAUGACCUGAUCAGACAUUGCAAUGGUAAACUGGGAAACUACACAAUAAACGGAAGGACGAAAGCGAUGGUGGCAUGUUACCCGGGCAAUGGGACCGGAUAUGUCAGACAUGUGGAUAACCCAAACGAGGACGGGCGAUGUGUAACCUGUAUAUACUACCUGAAUAAAGACUGGGAUGCCAAGGAACAUGGGGGUGUUUUGCGUAUCUUCCCUGAGGGGAAAGCUCAGUUUGCCGACAUCGAGCCAAAGUUUGACCGGUUGUUGUUGUUCUGGUCAGACAGAAGGAACCCACACGAGGUCCAGCCGGCACAGGCUACCAGGUAUGCCAUAACAGUGUGGUAUUUUGAUGCAGAUGAGCGAGCCAGGGCGAAAGAAAAAUACCUGACAGGAGCUGGGGAGAAAGGCGUGAAGGUGGAACUGAACAGACCGUCAGAACCCAGCUAGUGAGAUGAGAUGUAGACCAGUAAGCUGACGACCUUCACCUGCAGUAGCACUGGCCAUCAAGGGCUCUGUCCAGCCAAGAGAGAGAAUGCCUUUGUCUGUGUGUUUGUGUCUGUCUGUGGCAGAAGAAACAACUCAGAUUAGAUGGGAGGCAACUGAGAAGCAGAUUGUAAUUAACGAGAUUUUGCCCUUUUGACUUUUCCUGGAGUUCUAUGGGUGGAUGGAUUAUGUUUCCAGGGAUAGAAUGGAGUUGAACUUCGAGCUGCAUCAGAAACAUGAGAUGGGCUCCUGCCCUGUGGAGCACUGUGGCCAGCAUGAUGUCCUCACCUCUGGCUAUGACACAGCCUUGUCCAUGGCUUCAUCUAGGGACCAGGGUGUGAUUUGGUAUGAACACUGAAUACUGACACAGAACAGGCUGACAUUUAGAAAGCGCUUUUAGCUUCCACAACCACCUUUGAGACUUUUCGUCUUUCAUCUGAUUUUGUGGUUAAUUCCUUUAAGGUACAAGGCAAAAUGUUCAUAGUGCAAAGGCUGUGUGUUGAAAGACUCACCCAAAAUAAUUUGCUUUAUUACUUCUCUAAUAUAGUAGGUAUAUUACAUAAAUAACAGGUUUUGCAUGUCAGCGGUCAGGUUUUCAAGCUAUAUUACUGUCACUAUCCAGAAAUAUCCAGUGUUAUAUCCAUGUGAUCUUAAGAUUUUUAUAUUUUGAAGACUUGAUGGGUGACAUGCAGAAGUUAACAGUGGACAAAUAAAAUAAAUUAAUCUUGGUGAAUCUUUCCUUCAAGUUCCAGGUUUACUACAAUCCUCGUUGUAAUCUAGUAGCAAUCAUUAUCUUCAUCAGUGUACAUUUUAAUACUAUUUAUGUAUUGCACAGUUUAAAAAGCUAUUAAAUAAGUGGAAGGGAAAACCUUAUUAAAUCCCAAUGCCUGAUCACAAUGAGGUUUUUGUGCACUUAACGCAUUGCUGUAGCACUAGUAAAUGAUCAGCCUCAGUGUUUUGCAUUUGCUUGUUCUGGUAAUGUUUGGUCAAAUGGAAUGUGCUUGUGAGGUCCAUUUGUUUAAGCAGUGUUUUGUAAAUGGACUUAUUCAGGGUUUUUUUAUGACAUGAGGCAAAUCUGAAUUAAAACAUUUUCUGACCGUUA